ACCCCCCCCUACCAGGAGACCAACUGUUUAUGUCGCCGCUGGUAUUGAUGAAGUUCUCUCCUCCGCCGCUUUCUGAUGACAUCAGAUCUCUGCCAUGUUGGUAUCCUAUGCGAAUGGCAGCAUUUCGUUCCCCUUGCCGGGCAACCAAAGCAACGGGUGAGUCCUGACCGGCCCUCAGCAGGACCCGGACCGAGAAGCAGUUUCCGCGGGCUCCUAGCCCCGGGGCCAGGGAAGUUCCGUGCUCGGUGUAAGCUCCUAUAAGAGUAGGCUCCAAGAAGCAGUCCCCGCGGGCUCAGUUCCGGGAGCCGGAAUUCAGCCGCUUAGUGCUUGGUGUAUUCUCUGAUAGGAGCAGGGUCCAAGAAGCAGCCUCCGCAGGCUCCGCAGCCCUGGGCCAGGGCGAUUCCGGGAGCCGGAACUCGGCCGCCCUGCGCUCGGUGUUCGCUCCGAUAAGAUCAGGUUCUAAGGAGCACCCAGGCACUGAACCCUAGCAAUCUGUCUGUAAGCCGCAGGCGAAUGGCAGCCUGAAAUUACCUGUUCUAUGGCUGAAUGAGCUGCGGUCAGUCGAAAACAGGGAUGGUGACGUCAGCUUUCCAACAUGGUGGCUGCUGGCCUCCUCUGUGGUCUGACCGGUGUGGAGAACCGAGAUGGACCGCUUCCUUCCCCCGUCUCGAACCCAGAAUUCAGCCCUGAGUACGGUGCUUGCAUGGCUGGCAGAAACUGCAGCGCUGUAUCCCUGCGUCGCUAUCUCCUCGUUUCCCAGCGCGCUGCAGACUCUAGCCGCGGGGCGAUUUGCUGAAUAAGCAGUGUUACCCUCCGUGCGACAAACCUCUAGCGUUUGAGUCCCCGUAGCCGAUCCUCGUGCGAUGGAAAUCCUUCCUCCAGUUUCCGGAGCACCCCACUAUUGCUGGAAAUUCCUAACAAGAUAGCCUUUAGCCGUCCUGACUUGUCAUACUCCCAGACAGUGAAGCAGCACACGGGGGCAAUGCACUCCCCUCGCCGCCAUCUUCCUAAAUCCCAGAUUGUUUCUUUUGCUGAGAAGAAGCUUUUUAUUUUGAGUUGGUGUAUCCUUUUAAAGAUAAGCAUGCAUGUACAAUCAAUGUUUUUUUUUGUCUUUGCCCAAGCAUUUAUUUAUAUAUUGACCUUGUGAAUAUUGUUUUUUGGAAUAUGUUAAAAAAUGCCAAGUUUCAUUUAAAAUAUCAAAGGUAAUAUAGUCCUAUCAUUAGGGUACAAAUUAUUUCUGUAAGUUUUUUAAAAUAUUGAAAUUAGUUCAAGAAUUAGCCCCCAUGUCCUACCACCCAUACAACUUUGUGAAGAAGCAGUAUAUGGGGAUCUUCUGAAGGUCCAUGGAUAUGGAUCAAGGUCCCACAUUUCUCUGCUCUCUCAGGGGGCACAUUGUGUUCUGAGGCCCUUCCACGUCUCUGUCCAUAGUUAUGUUUUCUGUUCAUGAGGAGUUAUCUUUUGAAUAUCUUAGGCUCACAGAAGGCUCUUUUGUGUUCUGUAGGUGAUUUCAUUCGUGUACCCUCCUCCUUUUAUAUAGUUUUGCUUCUGAAUUUAAAUUUUCUAUGAGUUUUUAUAUUUGUAUUCAUACUUGGAAGAAGCUGUAUUUUACUUUUCGUGGUGCUGGGAUUAAACUCCAGUUCCUUGUGCAUGUUAGGCAAAUGCCCUACUGCUGGCUUACAUCUUCAGUCCUGGAAAGUUUGUUUAAUCUGAUUUUUUCUAGUCCUAGUUGAAUAGAUAAGUGUAAUAAUACUGGGAACCAUUUGAAACUGGCUGUUCUUUUGAAUUACACUUCUAUCCAGUGGUGGUUGAGAGGAUGAAAUUUGGAACAAGGCUGCCCGGGUGUGAGGUCUUGCUCUGUUGCUUACUGAGAAUAUGGCCUGGACAAGUUGCUUAACCCUUUUAGUUUCUGCUUUUAGUUUCCUACAUUGUUAAGUUGGAAGAUAACAAUAUUAUCUACUUCAGAGGUGUGCUAUUAUAUUAUGUAAUAUCCUCAUGUAACACAUAUCAGAUGUUUGCUACUUGUAUUUUUAUAUGUUUGUGAUUUUAUUAGACCUUUGCAGGAUAUGAUUUAGUAUUUUGACAUUAUAAUUUUCAGCAUUUUUGUAUUUGGUUAAAGCAGUUAUUUAACUCUGGAUUCCAGGACAUAACCUUCUUAUUUUAACAGUAACUAUAAAUCUGUCCAUAAACUGUUUGGAUUAAAUAGUAGGUUUCUAUACUAUAGUAUAGAAAAGUAUUUUUUCCCCUCAUUUUCUUAACCUUAUUGUUUGUGAAUACUGUUUCCUAACCUCUAUAUUCUUUUUUUUUUAUGUGUAGAGCAGUAUGAUUUCCUAUAAUGAUAAUGCAAAUCACAUACCUAAAAAAAGUUUUAGUAGCCACUUUAAAAAGUAAAAAGAAAUGUGCUUAAUUCAUUUUACCAAUGUAGUUUAACACAGUGUAUAAACUAUUAUUUUAACAGUAUAAAAUGAUUCAGAUAUUUCUCAUUCUUAUUUUUUUGCAUUGUCUUUAAAACCCUGUAUAUUUUCCAUUUAUGGUACCUUUCAAUUAAGUGUAGCCAUAUUUCAAGCGCUCAAUAAGCACACCUGGCUAGUGGUAUUGGAUAGCAGUUAUAGAGUCUGAACUUCUUUUAAAGUUGUCUUUUUACUUAGCGAGGGUUUUAUAAUACUGUACAACAGCUGAUAAAGUGAGAUGUACAAAUAGGUAGAUAGAAAUGAUUAGCUUAUAGUCUUGAAGGAACCAGGGGAGAGGUUUGUAUUGGGUGUGAUAAAUGAAUAUGUAGAUUUAAUUGAAGUUCUGAAGUUAGGAAGCAGGAUGAAACCCUAAGACUUCAAAGAGUAAAGCCUUGGAAAAUUCCUAGAAAAGGAGACUGUUGUAAAACAGCGAAAACCCAUCAGCUGGAGGAGAACUGUAAGGCAGUGGUGCAGUGGAAACCAGCAGGAGGUAAUUUCAAAGAGACAGGUUAAUAGAAGUGCCCCAUGCCAUAGUACAGUGAAGAAUGAAAGUGCACAACUGGUUGGUUUUGUCCAACCUGAGUAGCUAUUUCAGUAAAGACAGGAAAAUCAAGAUGUGUUAAUUGAGCAUUGAAUGGAAGUUGAAGUAAAGACAAUGAACAUCCAUUAUUGUUUUUGGAAGUUUGAUAGGGAUAGUUGGUAAUAAGUAUAUUAUUGGCAGAGGAGAAGGAGCCAGUGAAGAGGACAAGAUUGGAGCUAGAGGUAAAGAAGGAAAAUGAUGGACGAAAUUCCUAGAAAUGGCAGAAUAAAUAGGAUUCAGUACACAGGUAGAGGGUAUAGUAGUGGAAAAAAAAGAGGGACAACCAUGAGACAGGAGUUUAGAUGUUAUGAAAUGGGAGAAUAUAUAUGAUAGAGUGGGUUCUCAGUUGCAGGUAACAGCUAGUUUGAGUUGCAGAUAGCUAGGUGUUUAAACAUACUCAGAUAUGUUACAUGCUUCUUAAUUUCUAGAAGUGCUACAGAACCAAACUUGACUGUUAAUAGCUAGGAAUAGCCCAAGCCAAGAUAAACACACCAUGAUACUAUUUUAGGAGACACUCAUUGCUGUUUGCUAGGAAUCUCAAAAUUACAAAAUGUUUUCACCCAAGAUGUGAUCUUGUAGUUGGCCACAACCUUUAUUUUGGUUCACUUCUGUUUUGUAAAUCUUGUAUGGCUUUGGUUGAACCUGGGUUUCCUGUGGAAGGAUGAGUUGAACAUGUAUUUUUUAGCUUUUAGUUUUUAUUUUUUCUCCUUAAAUAAGGAGGUUAGUGCAUGCUGGAAAGGGACUACAGUCCUACUGUGGUUCAGUUUCUUAUUCUUUCAUAAGUUAUAUUAAAGUUGUAAGUCAGGGAGACAGUCAUUUGAAGGGGUAACUAACCUAGAUUGCUUAGAAAAUGGCUUACUUAUAUGGCUCUUAAGUUGAUUUUGGCUAUUUGGCUAUUUGUACCUUUCUUGAGUGCCUUCACAACAUAGCAACUGGCAGCUGACUUCUUCCAAAAUGAGUGAUCCAGGACAGCAAAGAGGAAACUGCAGCAUGGUUUUGGGACAGACACCAUGGAUUUCACUGUGUUCUUCUGGUCACUCACACCAACCCUGAUGUGGGAUAUGGGACAAUAUAUACAAAGGCAUGUAUUCCCUAGAGCUGUAGUUGGACACAAUACCUUCAUUUUAUUUAUUUUGUGUGGUGCUGAGGAUCGAACGCAGAGCCUCGCAUUUGCUAGAUACCUUUGCAUUAGGCCUGAAUCGACAUCUGCAGAGAUAUUGGUAUACCUGGUUUAUCAGGUUGUGCUUCAAGAAGAGUACAGGGAAGAAUAUAUUUUCUUCUUGCCACAAAGUUGCAAUAGAAGUUUGAAUGGUCCAAUGAGUAUUCUUAUCAUUGAGGCAUUCUAUGGAGGUUCCCAUAAACAACUGGUGGAUCUGCUCCAAGAAGAGCUACAGGACUGUGUUCUUUAUACCCUUCCUGCAAAGAAAUGGCAUUGGAGAGCACGGACAGCAGCUUUGUACUUCUCUCAGAACAUUCCCGUCAGUGAGCAUUACAGGAUCCUCUUUGCAAGCUCAGUACUUAACCUGACGGAACUGACUGCCCUUCGGCCUGACCUUGGGAAAUUGAAAAAGAUUCUGUACUUCCAUGAGAACCAAUUGGUAUAUCCUGUCAAGAAAUGUCAAGAGAGGGAUUUUCAAUAUGGUUACAACCAAAUUAUUUCAUGCUUGGUGGCUGAUGUGGUGGUAUUCAACUCAGUUUUUAAUAUGGAGUCAUUUCUCACUUCCAUUGGAAAAUUUAUGAAGCUGAUUCCUGAUCACAGACCCAAGGAUCUGGAAAGCAUCAUCAGACCCAAGUGCCAAGUUAUUUACUUUCCCAUCAGAUUUCCUGAUGUGAGCAGAUUCAUGCCCAAGCACAAAAUAACCCAUUUAAAGAGGAUGCUCAGCCUUAAAGGAAAUGGCGGUUCUGCUCCAUCCAUGGCCUGUCCUUCCCAACAGGAGCAAGGAGAUUCUGAGAAUUUAUUGGAGAAUUUUAAUUCAGAGUAUAAUGAACACUUUGACCUUGAUACUGUACAAGAAAACCUGGAUGACUCAUCGAUGCAAGAGCCAGACUUGAGACAAUCCAACUGGUCUGAUGAUUCAAGCUCUCAUUGUGGGGAAAAUGAACAAAAUCUGACUCUUAAUACCUGUGACACUCUGCGAGGAAUUGAUGAUCAGCAGAGACCACUGCAUAUUGUUUGGCCUCAUAGAUGGGAGCAUGACAAAAAUCCAGAGAGUUUUUUUAAGGUAUUAAUGCAUCUAAAGGACUUAGGACUCAAUUUCCAUAUCUCCGUCCUUGGAGAAACCUUUACGGACGUCCCAGGUCAGAGAAUGUAUCCUAUGGAAAUCAGUCUAAGAAAGAACAGAUGCUCAGGAGAUUCCCCGGUGCAACCAACUGGUAGCAACACACUCUCAUGCCUCAGCAUGUCCUGUGAGAAUCUGUCUUUUUUCCUGUGGUCACUCCCAGGCGUGCCAUCCCCUGGCUUAUUGUCUACUCCUGCAGCUUUUAUAUAUUUUCAGAGGCCAAAAAGGCAUUGGGAUCUUCCGUCUUACACUGGGGCUACUUACCCUGCAAAGAUGACUAUUUCCGAGUACUGUGCAUGGCUGAUGUUGUCAUCUCAACAGCUAAGCAUGAAUUCUUUGGAGUGGCAAUGUUGGAAGCUGUUUAUUGUGGUUGUUACCCCCUUUGUCCCAAAGAUUUGGUUUAUCCUGAAAUUUUUCCAGCUGAAUAUCUGUAUUCUACACCUGAACAGCUUUCAAAAAGGCUCCAGAAUUUCUGCAAGAGACCAGAUAUUAUAAGAAAACAUCUCUAUAAGGGUGAAAUGGCUCCGUUUUCUUGGGCAGCCCUACAUGGUAAAUUCAGGUCUCUGCUUACAACAGAACCUAGGGAAGAUUUGUGACAGAUGGGGCUAAGUCACAAACUUGCAGCCUAAGGCAGAAUCUGAAGAACUUUCCAGAGUGUGCCCAUAUUUACCUGAUCAGAGAGAAAAGAAAAUCUGCAGAGGAAGCUGAGCCUGGCUGCUUGUCAUAGCUGACACAGAGCCAUCUGCCACAAACCUGUGGCGGCUUCAGAUCUCCAAUCCCUGCCACCACCCCAACUCAAAUUAAAUACAGAUUCCUAGAGACGUUAUGAUGGUUACACAUGUCCUCGGCAUCACAUGUAGGAGACUGUUCAAAAAAAAAUAUGUGGCCUGUUGUAUAACCGCACUCAUGUAUCCCAUAUGUGGUGCCACAUUGAAUUUCCGGUUGAAUCCGUUUUUAUCCUUUGUACUGGAUGACAUGGUGCCUGAAUUCUUUCUUUUCGCCGACACGAUGGCAGCCAAACUGCAGCUUCAAACGCUCACACUUGGCUGGGUUUCUACCUAGGUUGCCAGGUUAUCAUCGGAGCCUUCUUGUGUCCUCAAAGGGCCACAGGGCCUGAAAGGAAGAUCAGAAUGCUACCGGACUAAUUGGGCAGCCAUCUCAGAAUUGUUUGUGGGCAAAGGGCUGCUUUAGCACUUUUCUUUUAGCAAAUUAAUGACUCUCUGGCACAGGAGUUUUUAAGUGAAGGUAUUAAUAAGGAGUCUGGCAGGUAUUCCCAUGAUUCACAGAGUUACAUUUGCAUUUAAUUAAUCUUAAAGAAAGUUGAAAGAUAAACAGCUGUAAUUCGGACAAACAUGGCAAAUACAGUCAGUGGAUCCACCUCACCCAUAAAAUGAAUACUGAGAUACUUAAAUUUUUUCAAGCAGUAAAAAUAGAGAAAUGAAAAUACUUCUAACAAAACCAGCAAUUUUGAUACAAAUAUUCUCCAAAAUUAUUUUUAGCCAGCUACAAAUGUAAUCUUUUCAAGAUAAAUCGCUUAUGAUUCCAAUAGUCAAGCUGCUGUAUUUGUUGAUGUAAAAAUAUUUUGAAUGACUAGAUUGUAAAAUAAAUUUUUAAUAAAGUGCCCACUGCAAUUUUUAA